GGGUCGUGCUCUCGGAGGCGGAGCGAGGACUGCGCAACAUGGCCGGGCUGGAGCUCCUGUCCGAUCAGGGUUACCGGAUAGACGGUCGCCGCGCGGGGGAGCUGCGCAAGAUUCAGGCGCGGAUGGGCGUGUUUGCGCAGGCCGAUGGCUCGGCUUAUAUCGAGCAGGGCAACACCAAGGCACUGGCGGUGGUCUACGGGCCUCACGAGAUCCGGGGCUCCCGGUCACGGGCUCUGCCUGACCGGGCUCUAGUGAACUGUCAGUACAGUUCAGCAACCUUCAGCACAGGUGAGCGCAAGCGAAGGCCUCAUGGAGACCGGAAGUCUUGUGAGAUGGGGCUGCAGCUACGCCAGACCUUCGAGGCAGCUAUCCUCACACAGCUGCACCCACGUUCUCAGAUAGACAUUUAUGUGCAGGUGCUACAAGCAGACGGUGGGACCUAUGCAGCAUGUGUGAAUGCAGCCACGCUAGCAGUGAUGGAUGCUGGGAUACCCAUGCGGGACUUUGUGUGUGCAUGUUCGGCUGGUUUUGUGGAUGGCACAGCACUAGCGGACCUCAGUCACGUGGAGGAAGCAGCUGGCGGGCCCCAGCUAGCCCUGGCCCUGCUGCCAGCCUCUGGCCAGAUUGCACUGCUUGAGAUGGAUUCGAGGUUGCAUGAAGACCACUUGGAGCAGGUGCUCGAGGCUGCUGCCCAGGCAGCCCGGGAUGUGCACACUCUGCUGGAUCGUGUUGUCCGGCAGCAUGUGCAGGAGGCCUCUAUCUUACUGGGGGACUGAGGCCAACCCCCCAUAUCCAGAAUAAAGGCCUGUUCCUCUCCUGAACACACUGUAAUGUACAGCACUUCAAAGCAGCUCAGGGCCCUACAUAGCAGUUUGUACUGCAGUCCCUAAGUGGAGAGAACACUUGUGCUAGGAAGAGCAAGAGUGCUCAUGCUGUGCCUGCCCAGAUAUCAGGGUCCACAAAGACCACCAGGGGUCUGGAUUUGUAUGCAAAAGCAAAGCCUUUAUUCACACUUAAGCUUGGACCCUCAGAAUCCUCCAAGCAUCAGAUUUGUGCUGAGACCUUGAACCUCAUUUAGGCAAGGUUUUUAUACUAGUUUGAGCAGG